AUGGGUGCAUUGUGCCCUCGUUCAGAUAUUGAGGUCGUGCAUAUUGAGUAGAAUGAGAAUGAGAUUAAGAUCGAUCCUCAAGUGGAAAUAGACACUCUUAUUAAUCAAGAAACCAACUACAAACUUAGUUUAAGUCCUAAUUUUUCACUCAAUAAUCCAACACUCUAAACUUGUGAUUAAGUAAUACAAUCCAUCCUCUCUAUCUCACUUUCUUUCAUGGUCAAAGAUUUUUCAGAACAGAUUAAUUUCUUGAAACUGCAAAUACAUAAAUAGAUACAAGAACUCAUUAAUCAUAAAAUCGAUUUUCAAGAUGAAUUACUGAAAAUGCUUAUCGAUUAUUAUGAAUUUCUUAGUUAUGUUCAAGAGAAUAGUGCUACCAAAGUAGUUACUUGGUGGACAGAACCAAAAACUGUUGUGGAUCUCUAAAAUGCAAUUAAACAUUGGUCUCAAUAAUUCUUUAAAUUUGGAGGUCGUCUCAGGAGAGAAAAAGCAAUCAGACAACUCAAUUUUGAACCCAAGACUCCUGAGCGUUUUGUUAAAACCAGAGAAUGGAUCAAAAAACAAACAGAAGGUUAACAAGAUCAACAAGAUCAACAAGAACCUAAAUAACCAUAAACAAUUGAGCGUAGUCUAUAAGUGGAAGAUGGCUUUGAAGAAUUAUGA